AUGACAUCUUUGAAAGACCAGGCUCACGACUGGGCAGUAGAGAAGACAUUCGGAUGGCCAGGCCAACCACCAGUCAACAAGAUCGACACCCAUCACCACAUGGUGCCAAGCUUUUAUUCUAAAGCAAGUUUUCUGACCAUAAGAUUAGGUGAUCCAAGUGGCUGGCCGACACCAUCAUGGUCAGCCACGGGGUCAAAACUGCUCAUGGGACGAAUGGGUAUCCAGACCGCCAUCCUCUCGGUCACCGCUCCGGGAGCUUGCAUCGUGCAGGACCCAAAGAAGCAAAAGGACUUGGCCCGCAACCUGAACGAGUAUGCAGCCAAGCUACGAGAUGGCGAUCCAGGCUCAUUCGGCUUCUUUGCCUCGCUUCCCGACAUCCGGAACACGACAGGCGCGAUUGAGGAGAUCUCUUAUGCCUUUGACCGGCUCCAAGCCGAUGGAGUGACUCUCUUCACACGCUAUGGCCCUAGCAAUAUAUACCUCGGACAUCGUGACCUGGAACCUGUAUGGGCAGAACUCAACCGUCGACGCGCCGUGGUCUUUAUCCACCCAACACACCCUGUGGAUACUAAUCUAGUUAAUCCCCAAUUGCUGCAACCCAUGAUAGACUAUCCUCACGAAACAACGCGCACAGCCAUGGACAUGAUUAUGAGUCGGACGCUGGACAAGUUUCCAGACGUCAAGAUUAUUCUCAGUCACGCCGGAGGAACGCUGCCAUAUAUCAUCACACGCCUCUCUACUCCGCUAAGGAAGACGCCGGAUCUGGCCGCAAACUGGAAGGUUGGCACAAACUACGAGGAGGCCACAAAGACAUUCCGCAAGUUCUACCACGAUGUUGCCCUGUCAUGCUCGCCGCAGGUGUUGAGAACGCUGUUGGAUACAGUCCCUCAUGAGCACAUUCUCUUUGGUAGCGACUUUCCAUAUGCGCCAGCCCCAGCCUAUCCGGCUUUUCUCGAGGACUUGGAGACUUUUGAGUUGUCGGCAGAAAUCCGCGACAAGAUCAACUACAAGAAUGCGCAGAGUCUUUUUCCACGUUUGGCCAAUGAUGUUGCCCAUCUAUAG